CACCCACUCGGCCUAUAACUUCGUCUCAGUCUGUUCAGUUAUCCCCUAAACAGAAGAAAAAAAGAAAAACCGAGAAAAAUCAAAGAAAUUGAAUUCUGUGUCUGUGAUUGAUCGCCAUCGCCAUGGAUUCUUAUCGCGAUGAGGAAGGAGAGCCGAUUAUGGACUAUGACGACAUUCAAUCGGACCCCGGUUCGCCUGAGCCACGGCAAGACCUUCUCGAUGACGUGGAGGAUGACAUGGGAGAUUGGGGCCAACGAGAACGAUCGCAGACGCCGGUUUACGAUACCGAUAAGGUUGGGAAGCCGAGAAAAAGGCUAGUCAAGAAGGGAGGAUCUAUGGGAAAAGAGAGUACGGAUGCCCCGGAGUUUUUAGAUGAGGACGAAGAGGCCAAUUUUGGGAGGGAAGGGUCGGAGUCGGAUGCGAAGAAGAGGAAUAAGAAGGAGAAGAGGCACAAGGAGAAACAUUAUGGGGGUGGUGGUGAGAAAGGAACUGUUAAAAGGUUGGGGAAGUCAGAGGAAGUGAAUGAGAUGUGGGAAUGGGUUAAUCCUGAGAAUGAUCAAGAGGGUACCAGGACUAUGGAUGAUGAUGACUUCAUAGAUGACAGUGGCGUCGACCCUGUGGACAGAUAUGGGAGCGACAAUGAAGCAAGGUCGCCUGGUGCUGCCCCUCAGGCAGAGGAAGAUGAUGAGGAUCCGGAGAUUAAGGAGUUAUUUAAGAUGGGUAAAAAAAGGAAGAAGAAUGAGAAAAGUCCCGCAGAAAUUGCAUUGCUAGUCGAGAGUGUCAUGGCUGAGCUUGAGGUAACCGCUGAAGAAGAUGCAGAGCUUAAUAGACAGGGGAAGCCUGCGAUUAAUAAACUCAAGAAGUUGCCUCUUCUUACUGAGGUUCUCUCAAAGAAGCAGCUUCAACCAGAAUUCUUAGAUCAUGGAGUUUUAACCUUGUUGAAAAAUUGGCUUGAACCCCUUCCCGAUGGAAGCUUACCAAAUAUAAAUAUCCGUGCAGCUAUUUUGCAGAUUUUGACUGAUUUUCCAAUUGAUCUAGAGCAGCAUGAUAGAAGGGAGCAGCUAAAAAGAAGUGGUCUUGGAAAGGUCAUUAUGUUUUUAUCAAAAUCUGAUGAGGAAACCACUUCCAACAGGAAACUUGCCAAGGAUUUGGUUGAUAAAUGGAGUAGACCAAUCUUUAAUAAGAGCACAAGGUUUGAGGACAUGAGAAAUGUUGAAGAUGAUAGGGUUCCCUUGCGAAGGCCAUCUGUGAAAAGGCCUGCAAAUAGAGCUGCAUCAAUGGAAUCUAGAGAUGGUGACUUUGAUUUGGAUAUUUCUCGGGACCACAAGUCUAGUCGGUCAUCGUCAGGUCAAAAUGCUUCAAGGUCAGAAUCUUCUUCAAGGCUGCAUGCUUCAAGGCCAGAUGCAACACCAAUGGAUUUUGUUGUGCGUCCCCAGUCUAAGAUUGAUCCAGAUGAAAUUAGAGCUCGUGCAAAACAAGUUGUACAAGAUCAGCGACGUUUAAAGAUGAAUAAGAAGUUGCAGCAGUUGAAAGCACCGAAAAAGAAGCAGCUGCAGGCAACUAAACUUAGUGUUGAGGGUCGUGGUAUGCUUAAGUACCUGUAAAUGAUACCCAAAUUGGCAUUGGCAUGAAAGAAGGAUGCACUGUAUUUUUCUCUAAAGAUAGCUACUUCAUGUAUCUUGAUUCAAAUGUUUCUGUUUUUCAUCCAACCGGACCAAAUUAUUGAGAGUCGUUCACCAUCCAAAAAAAUCUUCAUUGGACCAUCUUCACAUUUCAUUAUAUUUUGACUCGGAAAAAUGUGUUCAGUUCAAAUAAAUAUGUUAAUGCAA